AUGUUCUCUGUGAGCAGUAUCUCCAACACUUUCCUCCAGCUCUCCUCUGAGGGACCCCAGCCUGUGAAGGCACCCAGGAUCCUGUUAGUUUUAGUUUAAUUCAGUUUAGGUUUAAAAUAUACCCAUUAGUACAUCAGGACUAACCUUCCUGGAUUCAAACUCAAACACAUACACAAGAACAAACUCCUAACACGAUUAAAUCAGCAACUUCUUAAACAUAGUUUGUUUGUAUGUAUGUUUGUUUGUUUUUAGUCAGUUGUGGUCAUGGUUGUACCUGUAGGGUAGCAGCAGGAAAUACUCCACCACCGAGCGGAGCCAGGGGAAGAACCAGAACAUGUCCAGCAGGGCUGCCACACAGUCAGACAGGUAGCUAGUAGAGAGUGGCUGUGGUGUUGUGAAAGAUACAGUAUGACAGUGGAGCCGAGAAGGCCAGUCAGACGGUACAGGCGAGUACCUAGACAACAGAGAAAGACACGUAUUAAUACAAUCAUUAGUAACAAGGGUGAAAAUUGUUGAUUCAGCAUCAGACAACUAGAAGAAAAGUGUGUUUUUUAUUACUGAAAACAUAGGAAGGACAAUAUACUGUACUACUCUAUAGAUAGUAACAUCAAUAGUAUCUGCACAUCUUCUAUUAGUAACUUCCCCGGGGGCAGAAACAUCAAUAGUCCUUGCUGUAAAAGGCCAUCAUAGGCAGGUUUGGAUGGACUGUAGCCUAUAUUGUAAUAUGGAACAUAGUAGGUUGGAGAUGUAAAAUCAUGAGUCAUGGCCUACCUACCCAGUUCUGACUUCCAGGAUGUGGAUGGGGUUUGAACCUGUCACGGAAUCUGCCGAGGCUGCUCCUCCUCCUUGCUCGGGCAGGUUUCGGCGGUCGUCGUCCCCGGAGUACUAGCUACCACCGUUGUAUGUUUCUAUGUUCGUUUGCUUUUGUCUGAUUGUUGUACACCUGUGGUUAGUUAGCGUUGAUUAUGUGUCCUAUAAGUUCUCGUUUUGUUAGUCAUGUGUUGUGUGUUAUUGAGCUUCCUGUCUUCGUGUCUGUAUUGGUUUUCCCUCCUUGUGUUUUAGGAGAGGUUUUCGCACUUGUUGUGCGCGUUAGUAUUUUUCCUGUUCGUUUAUGCCUGUGUGCGUAUCGCUCGUCUCCGGGCACUUUUGCUCGUAUUGAUUCGCUAAAGACUGUUGAACGAAGCUUCUGUGUCCUGCGCCUGAUUCCCGCACCUUCCACAUACAGCACUCCUGACAGAAUAACACACCACGAUGGAAUCAGCAGGAGCAGCACUAGCAUCCGAGUCCCUGGAGGAGCGCGUCCGCGAGCAGAACGACCAGAUCAACCGCAUCGGGACCGCCCUUCAGUACGUAAUAAACACUCUGCACCGAUGGGAGAACAGAGGGGCACCCACAUCUCCCCCUACCUUGCCAUCACCAUCGGCCAGUCCGCCCAUCCAAGCUCCGGAACCCAGUGGGAUUCGGCUCUCGCUCCCGAGGGCGUAUGAUGGUACCGCUGCCGGGUGUCAGGGGUUCCUCCUGCAGGUGGAACUAUACCUGGCCACCGUACACCCGGUGCCCUCGGGACACGAGAGCGUUUCCGCCCUCAUCUCCUGUCUCACCGGCAAGGCGUUGGAGUGGGCCAACGCCGAAUGGAGGAGGAUAGACGCCGCCACGAUCACAUACGCAGAGUUCUCCCGCCGCUUCAGGGCUGUGUUCGACCAUCCACCUGAGGGGAAAGCGGCGGGGGAGCGUCUAUUCUACCUCCGGCAGGGGAGGAGGAGCGCCCAGGAAUUUGCACUGGAGUUCCGGACUCUAGCGGCUGACGCAGGGUGGAAUGAGCGGGCCCUCAUUGAUCAUUAUCGUUGUAGUCUUCGGGAGGACGUCCGUCGAGAGCUGGCCUGCAGGGAUACCAGUCUCACGUUCGACCAGUUGGUGGACAUGUCCAUCCGGCUGGACACCCUGCUGGCCACCCGCGGACGUUCCGAGUGGGGUUCGUCCAUUCCACCCUCCAGCACCUCCGAGCCGAGCCCUAUGGAGCUCGGGGGUGCUGGCGCUAGAGAGAAGAGGGGAAGGAGCACGAGGGGGGCCAUCCCCUGCACCAACUGUGGCCGUGGAGGACACACCGUGGCCAGGUGUUGGGGAGGGUCUCCUAGGGGAGAGGACGGCAGGCCCUGCACUGGGGAGUCCUUCCAGGUGAGUAGGUGUCCCACUUACCCAGAGCUCUCUGUUGUGCACUUCUGUAUACCUGUGCGAUUUCCACAGGUUGCACCUCGUUCCCAGCAUAAGGCGCUAGUAGAUUCAGGCGCAGCUGGGAAUUUUGUUGAUCGUAAAUUUUGUUUAGAAUUAGGGAUUCCCCUACUUCCUGUAGACAUCCCAUUUCCUGUUCAUGCCCUAGAUAGCCGUCCGUUGGGAUCGGGGUUGAUCAGGGAAGUCACAGCGCCACUUAGGAUGUGUACGCAGGGGGGUCAUGAGGAGACUAUCCAGCUAAAUCUUAUAGACUCUCCUGCGUAUCCGGUGGUGCUGGGAAUUCCCUGGUUGAGUACCCAUGAUCCUUCUAUUUCGUGGCAAGAGAGGGCUCUUAAGGAGUGGUCUGCCCAGUGUGAGAGGAGAUGUUUGGGUGUUUCCGUGGGGGCGACCUCGGUGGAGAGUCCAAACCAGGUGUCCUCACUGCGCAUUCCCACUGAGUAUGAGGAUUUGGCACUUGUGUUUAGUAAAUCGAGGGCGACGCGUUUGCCUCCUCAUAGACAGGGGGAUUGUGCGAUAGACCUCCAGGCAGGAGCAGCGCUUCCGCGGAGCCAUGUGUAUCCUCUGUCCCAAGAGGAGAAGAGGGCUAUGGAAACUUACAUAGCUGAAUCUCUAAGACAAGGAUACAUACGGCCCUCCACUUCUCCUGCGUCCUCGAGCUUCUUUUUUGUGAAGAAAAAGGAUGGAGGGUUGCGCCCGUGCAUAGAUUACCGUAGUCUCAAUCAGAUCACUGUGAAGUACAGUUAUCCACUCCCUCUGAUUGCGACUAUGACUGAGUCUUUGCACAGAGCCCGUUUCUUCACGAAACUGGAUCUCAGGAGCGCAUAUAACUUGGUGCGCAUUAGGGAGGGCGAUGAAUGGAAAACGGCAUUUAGUACCACCUCGGGUCAUUACGAGUAUCUUGUCAUGCCAUAUGGGUUGAUGAAUGCUCCUUCAGUCUUCCAAUCCUUCGUGGAUGAGAUUUUCAGGGACAUGCAGGGGCAGGGUGUGGUCGUGUACAUAGAUGACAUCCUGGUUUACUCGCCUACCCGAGACAAGCAUGUAGCCCUGGUGCGUCGUGUGUUGGGUAGGCUGUUGGAGCACGACCUGUAUGUCAAGGCAGAGAAAUGUCUGUUUUUCCAGGAGUCGGUCUCCUUUCUGGGUUAUCAGUUAUCCGCGUCAGGGGUGAAGAUGGAGGUUGACCGGGUGUCAGCCGUGCGUAAUUGGCAAACCCCAACCACCGUGAAAGAGGUGCAGCAGUUCUUGGGUUUUGCGAAUUACUACCGGAGGUUUAUCCGGGGUUUUGGACAGGUGGCAGCUCCCAUAACGUCUCUUCUGAAGGGGGGUCCGGUGCGAUUGCAGUGGUCAGCGGAGGCGGACAAGGCAUUUGGGAGACUGAAGGCCCUGUUUACCUCGGCUCCAGUGCUUGCGCAUCCGGAUCCCGCCUUACCAUUUCAGGUAGAGGUGGACGCGUCUGAGGCCGGUAUAGGGGCCGUGCUAUCACAACGGUCCGGCACGCCACCUAAACUCCGCCCCUGUGCUUUCUACUCUAAAAAGCUCAGCCCGGCGGAGCGUAAUUAUGACGUAGGAGACAGGGAGCUGUUAGCCGUGGUUCAAGCCCUAAAGGUGUGGAGACAUUGGCUUGAGGGGGCUCAACACCCUUUUCUCAUUUUGACUGACCACUGUAACCUGGAGUACAUUCGGGCAGCUAGGAGACUGAACCCUCGCCAGGCUCGGUGGAACAUGUUUCUAACCCGGUUUGUAUUUAAAAUCACGUACAUCCCUGGGUCCCAGAACGGUAAGGCAGACGCCCUGUCCCGGCGGUAUGACACAGAGGAUAGGUCCGUUGAGCCCACUUCCAUACUGCCGGAGUCUUGUCUAGUGGCACCGGUAGUGUGGGAGGUCGAUGCUGAAAUCGAGCGGGCGUUGCGUACCGACCCUAGCCCUCCACAGUGUCCGGUGGGUCGGACGUACGUUCCGCUCGAGGUUCGGGAUCGACUUAUUUAUUGGGCUCACACGUCACCCUCCUCUGGACAUCCAGGUAUUGGCCGGACUGUACAUUGCCUUAGCGCUAAGUACUGGUGGCCAACGUUAGCCAGGGAUGUGAGGGUUUAUGUCUCCUCCUGUUCGGUGUGCGCCCAGUGUAAGGCGCCCAGACAUCUGCCCAGGGGUAAGUUACAACCCCUGCCCGUUCCACAACGACCCUGGUCUCACCUCUCGGUGGACUUUGUUACAGACCUUCCCCCCUCUCAGGGGAAUACCACCGUACUGGUCGUUGUGAAAUCGGUUCUCUAAAGCCUGUCGUCUUCUCCCAAUGCCAGGUCUUCCCACUGCCUUGCAGACCGCUGAGGCACUAUUCACCCACGUCUUCCGGCAUUACGGGGUACCCGAGGAUAUAGUGUCUGAUCGAGGUCCCCAGUUCACCUCCCGAGUCUGGAGAGCGUUCAUGGAGCGCCUGGGGGUCUCGGUGAGCCUUACCUCGGGGUACCACCCGGAGAGUAAUGGGCAGGUAGAACGUGUGAACCAGGAUGUGGGUAGGUUUCUGAGGUCGUAUUGCCAGGGCCGGCCGGAGGAGUGGGCGAGGUAUAUUCCCUGGGCAGAGAUGGCCCAGAAUUCUCUUCGCCACUCCUCCACCAACCUAACCCCUUUCCAAUGUGUGUUAGGUUACCAGCCGGUUCUGGCACCGUGGCAUCAGAGCCAGAUCGAGGCCCCUGCGGUGGAUGAGUGGGUAGGGCGCUCGGAGGAGACGAUGAACGCUGCACACGUCCAUCUGCAGCGGGCCAUCCGUCGACAAAAAGCGAGCGCCGAUCUCCACCGCAGUGAGGGGCCGGUGUACGCACCUGGAGAUCGAGUCUGGCUCUCGACCAGAAACCUACCCCUCCGCCUGCCCUGCCGGAAGCUGGGUCGGCGGUUUGUAGGGCCCUUUAAAGUCCUGAGGAGAUUGAACGAGGUGUGUUACAGGUUACUACUACCUAUUGAGUAUAAGAAUAUUAACCCCUCGUUCCAUGUGUCUCUUCUCAGGCCGGUGGUAGCUGGUCCACUCCAGGAAGGUGAGAUAGCAGAGACUCCUCCGCCCCCAUUGGACAUCGAGGGGGCUCCGGCGUACACAGUUCGGUCCAUCUUGGAUUCGAGACGUCGGAUGGGGGGUCUCCAAUAUCUUGUGGAGUGGGAGGGGUACGGCCCGGAGGAGCGGUGCUGUGUGCCGAGGAGGGACAUCCUAGACCCGUCUCUCCUGACUGAGUUCCACCGUAGUCACCCUACGCGCCCUGCACCGCGUCCUCCUGGUCGUCCCCGAGGCCGGGGUCGGCGCACGGCUGGAGCCGCGCGUCAAGGGGGGGGUACUGUCACAGAAUCUGCCGAGGCUGCUCCUCCUCCUUGCUCGGGCAGGUUUCGGCGGUCGUCGUCCCCGGAGUACUAGCUACCACCGUUGUAUGUUUCUAUGUUCGUUUGCUUUUGUCUGAUUGUUGUACACCUGUGGUUAGUUAGCGUUGAUUAUGUGUCCUAUAAGUUCUCGUUUUGUUAGUCAUGUGUUGUGUGUUAUUGAGCUUCCUGUCUCCGUGUCUGUAUUGGUUUUCCCUCCUUGUGUUUUAGGAGAGGUUUUCGCACUUGUUGUGCGCGUUAGUAUUUUUCCUGUUCGUUUACGCCUGUGUGCGUAUCGCUCGUCUCCGGGCACUUUUGCUCGUAUUGAUUCACUAAAGACUGUUGAACGAAGCUUCUGUGUCCUGCGCCUGAUUCCUGCACCUUCCACAUACAGCACUCCUGACAGAACCUGCGAUGCUGUGACGCUGGCAGCGAUACUGAUGGGUAGAGGAGAGAUGGUGCUGCCAUAGAAAAUAGGGGAGGUGAUGACACAAGCUAUUAGGGUCUUGUGUCGGUCAGUUGUCUGCUCUCCCACACUGGAGACCAGAUGGACCCAGGCACCCACACCCAGCGGCAACACAAUCAAGUAGAAGAAACUGAAUGUGGCCAGGCCGAUCAGUGCCACCAUUCCGAAAUAGAUCCCUAUGGAAAUCUGACCAGCAAAUCUGGCAACGUUCACAGGUAGAGAUCUGGUCAUGGGUGUCUUUUCCUGCCUGUUAUCCCUCCUUCUGUCUCCCGGUUGGCUUCUCCCAUGUAUGCAGGGAUACGGAAGUACUCUCUGGUCCACACCCACUCCAAAGCCACCGAGGGUGAGCAUCCAGAGCAGGGUAUGAUGAAGGCCCAACGGUCCACCCAUGGCCCAUAAGACAGUCACUCUUUUGGCCAUGAUGAUAGAACUGAUAUGACCUCAGUGGAUCAAUGUUUGGACUAUAGAAGAAAAACAGUUUUCAUUGAAGAUGAGAGCCUGCAAUUCAUAAGCAAAAUUAGGAUUAUUUAUAUGAAAGAAGGUUAACUCAGUCACAGGCUGAAAGUAUUACGCAAAGACGAUGACAUUCAACAACAUACACAGCAUUCAGGGAAAUACAUACACGUUUUCAUUGAAGGAAAUAAAUAUAAAACACUAUGUAACUAUGGCUGCAAUUACACAGGCAGGCCAAUUCUGAUAUUUGUUUCCACUAAUUGGUCUUUUGACCACACUGUCCAAUUAGCAUGAAGCAUUGCUUGGACCAAUCAGCUCACAGCGACAUUUUAUUUGCCAAUCACAAUAUACCCUCGGGAAAUAUUUAACCAAUCAAUACCAUAUCUAUAUACUUUACCCCCACAAGGAGUCGCUAGUCCACGACUGUACUUGUCACAAAUGUAACUGUAAAUUCGAAUCUUGAAACAGAGAUGCAUUCAGUUCUCUUGAACGAUUGCUACGUUGCGGAACGGUUUGUAAUGAACAACACAUUUCUCCAAAACGUUCUUGUAGGUUCUUGAUACUUUGAGGUUCAUUUGCUCCCAUUUGGUGGGUGUGUCUUGAAGCAAUGAUUGACAUAUUUAAUAACCUUUUACUGCAGUGGGAUAAAUCAUACAGUGUUUCUUGGUAGUCUUAAAAAAAGAAGACCCCUGUACCAUGUCAGACAUAGAGUUGAAAUGUAUUCCAUUUUGAGUUUGCAUCCCAAUAUUACACUUUAUAUACAUCACAGAAGACUGAAUGGGUAAAAAAAAAUCAUGUUGAUUAAUUACGAAAUUAUGAAAAAUAUUAAUAACAUUCCACCCAUGAGCGCACUGGGUCAUUUGACUGCAGGAAAUGGCUACAGGGCAGUGGUCAUGCUGACAGCGUUCCCUAACCUGGCUACAAACCAACCCAACUCAACCCAACCCCACCCCGCUUUUCAACUGGUCAUUCCAUAGACUGUAAAAAUAAGGAUGAAGCCAUUGAUGAAUUCACCCCAUUGUUUCCUAUGAGAAUAAUCAGUGCCACAUUUGAUGAUCUGGAAGUGUCAAUUAUUUAUUUUUAUUUUUUUAUUUUGUGGGUCUGAGCCAGGGUGACGUCAUUGGUGUUUUUGGUGUAUGUAUGUAAAUGUUAAGUUGUCUGUUCUUUUUGUUUAUUGUCAAAGGAAGGGGAAGUGUUAUUUCAGCGUGUUGCCAUCUUCCCACAUGGAGGAGUUUUUGGAAACAUUCCAUGCGCAGUUUGAGCCACUCUAGGAAGUGACAUUGCAGGCUAGCUCAGUGCUGCCCCCUCUCAUGGAGUAUCUCAAAUUGAAGGCCGACCGGGGUACUGCAGGCUGCCAUUAGCAACACAGUUAUCCUUAUAACUUCGUCUGUGUGUGAUUUUAAAGUAAUCGGUUCAAGGACAUACAUCUGGUGAAAUAGAAGCAAUUAUAGGUACCAUGAUUGUGUUAGAAAUAAAAAAGUAUAUAUCCACGAAUAUUGACCACAAAGAUCCUGUUUUCUGGAAACAAUACCUUCAAUUUGAAAUCCACAAUAAACUGGGGCAGUCGUUCUCCCCUGGGUCGUUCAGUACAGCACGGUUUCCGUUCAAAAGAACGUGUCAGAACGUAAAAACGCACUGAACGCAGCCCAGGUGGCAAUACAUCUAACCACCACCACUCCUCCUGGAUCGUCUCCACCCCCUUGUUUAAAGCGCACUGAGGACAAUCGCUUGCUAGUGGAGUUUAAACGAAACCUGGUGCGCGACCGUACCAUUGUCGUUAGUUUGAGAAGUUUUGGACAAAUGUAGUUCGCUUGCCUCAAUGUUCUAACCGGAGAGAGAUGCUUUGUUGUUUUACUAUACUACCAUCCCGUCCCAGCGCUUUUAGCCACGUUUCAUCAAAUUUUAACCCCUGCGUUAUGGUUUCGUAGGAUGGAAGUAGACGACGUGUCGGUUAGAGAGCAACUUUUCCACAACAAAGUGCGAGAGACUUUUGUAAGUACGCUAAUGCUCUUUGUUUAUAAACCUCAAUGUACAUAGCAAAUCAUUUCAGCGAGAUAUUCAUCCGUGGUGCCUUGCUGAAGUGGCUGUAUUGUGUUUAGAAUCAUUUAUGAAAAAUGUAUGUUAGUCGCUCUGAAUAAGCGCGUCUGCUAAAUGACUAAAAUGUAAAAUGUAGAAAAGUUUGCAUGCAGUAGUAACUGGCAUGCUAAUGGUGAUGCUAACGUUUCUUCCUCUACGGAAGUUCUGUGAUGCAGUUAACUGUAAAUGACAACCCCCAUUCAAAGAACUGUAGCCUAUAUCUUAUUACAAGGGACUCUCUCUUUACAGCUGGUAGUGUGUGUGUGUGUGUGUGUGUGUGUGUAAUAAUAAUAAUAAUAUGCCAUUUAGCAGACGCUUUUAUCCAAAGCGACUUACAGUCAUGCGUGCAUACAUUUUUGUGUAUGGGUGGUCCCGGGGAUCGAACCCACUACCUUGGCGUUACAAGCGCCGUGCUCUACCAGCUGAGCUACAGAGGACCAUGUAUGUAUGUGUGUAGCUGGUCAUUAAUGUGGCAGAGACACAGAAGGGUGACCAAAGGAGCCUUUUCUUGCACCUAGGGCCCCCAUGCAUGCAUUCAUGGUCUGUCCCAAGGGCCCCCACAAAGGGGCCAUGUGCUUUAAUGUAUGGCCCUAUGUUUCUUCUCAUAAAGCCUUUGGAUGUAGGCUAUCAUGGAUGUGUUUAAUGAGAGCCAUACAUGACUUAUAGUUGUAUAGAUUCCAUUCAGUAUAUAAAACAUGUACUUUAAUUCAUGGCUAUAUGUAAUGAUUUUACUGGCUAUCAUAAGGUGAAUGCACCAAUUUGUAAGUCGCUCUGGAUAAGAGCGUCUGCUAAAUGACGUAAAUGAAAAUGUUGCCACCUGAUUCCACCACAUUGACUUCUGUGUGGGAUGUUACCAUGGGUUGUGUUCAGUAGGGCACACUGUAGCACACUGUAGCAAAAAGUUUCGCAACAUUAAAUGUAUAUGGGCAUUCUAUUUGGACAAGUUUAGGUGGUCCUCUGUUUCACUCAGUUUUAAAACAUUUUGUCCUUACAGAAUACAACACUGUACUGAUUGUACUGAACAGCUCCUGCUGAACUUCAGACCUGAUUAGUAUUGCUACAACAGGGCACAUGGAGAUGACCCUUAACCCCGCAAAACACAGCAGGUCUCAUGUAGACAUAGCUACAGCAGAGCACGCCUUGUUCCAUGAGCCAAAUAGAUAACAGCACUGUACUUUUCAGACCACAUCUAAUCUUAUGUUUUACGGUUUUAGUCUACAUUGCAUGCUGUAGGCCUAUUCUGUGAGUCAGAAAUGACAACAUUGCCAAACACCAAGACCCUCAUGAUGUGAAAUUGUAUUUCAGAAUCUAGACAUACUCCAUAUGUUACAGCACACUAUAAGGAGUAUAAUUAUACCAAGAUGUUGUGUGUAUCAUGUAUGGUUCACGGAUCAUAUGCUCUUACGGGUCCUUAAAAUUGCCACUUUAACCAUGAUAAAAAAAUAUAUAUGUUUGAUACAAAUGUAAAAAGCAUGUCAAACAUCCCCCCACCAAAGAAGUUUAAUAUGUGAGAAUUGCCAGAACAUUCUGAGAUGCCAAAAAUACUUUUGGGGUAUGCUGGUGUGGAAUCGCCCAAUAGGCUUAAUACUAAAAAGAUGCUUCAGUGCCCAAAGCGUAUCCUGACAUUGUCUCUUUCACCUAGGCCUAAUGCUUCUCAAGUACCCCAGCCUCUGCUUAACCCUUUAGCUAACAUACAGUCCUAAUCUUAUUUCUCCGCUGUUUGUUCUCUCACUCACACACAGUGUAAUCAUUUGACCUCUGGUCAUUAAAGGGGCUUUAGCCUUAGCUUAUCAUCAUUGAUCCUGAUACAAGCCCCUCUCAUCUUGCUACAUUGAAGAUGACUUGGUAGUUAAAGUUUCAGUAAUCUUGUGGCGUCAUCCUUCCAAAGUGUAUCAGUGAACAGAGACCAGAAGGUGUUCUGUCAGGCAUCAGUAUUGAUGUGUUAUUCAACUUCCUCUCGGUAAUUUGAAAUAUUAAGGACAUGCAGGCCUUUCCUGUUCCAUACCAUUUGUUGGUUGUUUUUGGCUGUUGCACAUCAAUUAGAUCUAUCCUCUUGUUCCACUUGUAAACCUAGCAUUGCACAAACUCCUCAAUGUGUUGGUGUGAAAGCUGGUUUGAAAGCGAGGUAGCGACAGCUUUUCUUUUUGUCUGCAAUUGCCUGCAUCUGUACAGAGAGGUUUUUUCCGGGAGCAUUUAAAAAAACGUUGCGCCAACUUUCUGCACCGCCUUCAAUACAAAAGCCCAUCCUUUGGCCGUUAAACCUAUUUGAAACCCUCUUGAAACUCCAGCUCCUUGUUCUCAAAUGCCUGGUCAACUGGGCAGUGCCUCCAACACAAGCUCAGGCAGCCAGCCACUGACUGUUAGAUACACUCAACUCCAGCUCCUCUGUCUAUUCUCAACAACCAGGUUCAUGUUAGGGCAGGAAGUGAGCAGUAGAACACCUUGCAUUCAGAACCAUGCUUCAGAAAGUGAAUUUAGAGUUAUUCAGGGCAUUUUAAGUUUGCUCAACUUUCCACCACCACCUUCCACAGAAGCUCAGCUUCCAGCUCCUUGUUUCUCCAGUUUUGGCACUGCCAGACAGAAGCAGAACUCAAAACAUGUUUUUCACCUUCAACGGCUGACUGGUCUCUUGGUCUGUCCCGUUCUCUGUCUGUUGGCUAUGUCUUUCUCCCCCUUGUGAUCCCCCUCCUACCUACCGGUACUUUCUCUUUGGGGGAUAUAGCAGGCUUAUUGCCAACACCGCACAUUGAAGGAUUUCCUUCACAGUUUGUUGGCUAAUUUUGAUGCUGCGCAUUUGUAGUGUCAUUGUUUGUUGCGACAUGCAUUUGACAUUUAGCAGUACCAGGCUAGCUCUAUACGUCACAAUUGGUAAGAAUUUCUCAACAAAUCUACAAAACCAUAGGCUACUUGGCCUACGCGCUAUUGAAGGAACAGUGAAUAGGAAUGAUUGUGUCACCAGCCAUGCCUGUAGAGAAGGCCUAGUUUUGUUACAUUCAGUUCAUGUUGGGAAAACAAAACAUUGUAGGCAGUCUCGGAUGUCUGUCCUGUUGGCUGAAAUCUAUUGUCCAAGCGCUAAAUUGUCACUGUUGGGGACAUAACCUAGCCUUACUGUCAGCCCAUCUAGGCUAUAGUGUGGGAUCUAUUCUCACUGCCUCAAUGACAAACAAUCCUGGAAUGGCAGCAAUUUUAGGAACUUCACUGUGGUUAGGGCCUAGUUGUUAACAAGGGUCUAUAUGGGUGAUAUAACCACUUGUUUUCCCCAAAUCUUAUUGUUACCAUCCUAUAAAGUGGGUCAGGGACACAGCCGGUCCCACCCAUGGAUUGGAGGAGGGGGAACCCCCUUUUGUCACUGUACCAUAUGUCCUCAUCUUCAAUUGUUAAAUGUACUUUGUAUGUCAGAAUAAUGUAGUGUCUAGGCAUUGAUAUAAGGGGGGUGCGUGUGCAGAAGCAUUUUCCUCUCCUUAAAUGUUAUUCUACAGUGAAGAACAGAACAAGAAGAAGUUAACCUUCUACUGCAGUGAAAUAAUGCCCUAGAAACUUGAUCAUAUGCAUUGAACAGAUAGGCCUACAAUUAAAUAAGAGGCCUGGAAUGCUAUCAUAUUUCAAUUGAUUGUCAAAGGUACCAUUUAUUCAGUUCACAAGGACAAGAUGUGCUUGGGUAAGCAUUAUUCAAUCUACAGGAAACAGUCUUUUGCCAGGCAGUGGUAGCCAUUUUGUCACGUUUCUGCCACUCUCUCAGGAGGAGGUGACUUUCUUUCACAACUAUUGUUCUCUGCUGUUGUUCUCACCUCAGGGUGAAAUCCUGAAUCCUGCCACCAUCAACUCGCCUCUCUUCCUCUGGUCUGGGGAGAGGAUGUUUGUCUAGGCCUAGCCUACACGUUGAUGUGUUUUAUGGGUGUCCUUGGUUGUCUCUUUAUAGUUCCAGUUAACUCCGGAUUUCCUCCAACCCCGAUGGUGAAACAUUUAUUCAUCUCUCACCACAUACUGUGAUUUUAGAGUUGAAGCACUGUGAAUGUAGUUGUGAACAGUUGACCACUGAUUCAGUUUCAAGAGGCAAAUUCUCAGAUUUUUACCCCAGACGACCAGGCCAGCAGAUAGCUAUUAGACUGUAUCCGAUUAAAUGGGAUUAAUCAUGUUCAGUUGGUCAAGGAGUCAGCUCUCUUACAGAAGACACUAUCCCUAGAUUCAUUGAGGCUGGCUGUAUGUUGACCCAAAUAGGGGUUUUAGGUCUGUCUAGUUGCACAUUUUUCCUUCCCGUCCUAAACUGAUCCCAGUCCCUCACUCUCACCCCGUUUCUCCCGCUCUCUUCAUCUGGCUAAACUGGUAUAUCUAAUCUGCAGAAUCCGUCUGUUUCUCUUGGCCUAGUCUUGCAUGUUACCAUCUCACUAUACAGGCUGGGUCAUGUCACUUAUGGAAUUUCAUUAAUUCAUUUUGGUUCCAAAACCCGGCACCAUUUAUAGUGGAUAGUAAUGCAUUGUGAUAGGGGGGAAAAAUCGUAGAUUGUUGUGACCUGAAAAGGUUUGCUUCAAAACAUUGAGACUGAGUGAGGCUUCCUGGGUCCAACCCACACAUCUUGACUAGAUAGCUAGUUACACAACUGUGCCAGUCAGAGUCAGGUUGUUGUGCUUUCUAUCUACCCUCCUCUGUUCUCUAGCCCCCGUUAUCCUGACCUGCCAGCUGGAUCCCUUCGUCUUCCUCCUUUGUUUUGCCACUCCUCAUCUUAGUCUCUACAUACCGAGGUUAUUAUAGUUGUGAUUUUCUUUAGUUUUUCUUCUAUUAGUUAAGAUUUUUUUAUCAGAUUUAUUUAGUUUAAGUUUGAUUAAAAAAACAUCUAUUUAGUUUUUAUAUUACUUAGUUUUAGGGGACAGAAAGUAGCCUAUGCGUGGGAGGCUAGGAGCCAUUUAUGUGUUGUAUACGUUUUUUGGGGGGGAGAUGUCACUUAUUGCCAUUGUUGGGGCAGUAUUGCAUAAAGUGAUGGGUCAGGUCAUAGAUUAGGUUUAAAGGCAGACUCAGCAGGAUGACAUAGAUGCACCAAGUAAACAGUAGUAGUGGGUCCAUUUCCACAACAACCAGGAGCGUUGAAGCACGAGGCUAAACUUCUCUGCUGUUUUGGUCCCGUAGCUACCACUUGUAGCACAUGCACAGUGACUGUGUGAGAGAAGUAUUGCAUUGCGCUCAUGUCAAUAUCUGCUGUGGUGCUUGUGGAAACGUCAUCUCGCUGAGUCUGACUUUAUCAUUUAAAGGUCAUCUCCAUGUGACCCGCCAGAUUCAGAAGCUUGAAAAUCCCAUUAGAAAGAGAGCUUGAAAACCCCAUUAGAUUUUUGCCCUAAAUUUAGAAUAAAUAAACUUAAAAUGUAACAUAAUUCAUGAUGGAUUUUAGUUUGUUUUGGAGUGUUUUUCAAACAGGUUUGUUAUUUUAUUUAAGUUUACCAAAUAGUUUUUUCUUUUAGUUGUCGUUUUAGUUUGCUAUAAUAACCUUGGUACAUUUCUAAAGUAUGUCUGUACACACCCCAAGGAUCCCCCAACCUUGUCAAGCUUCUCCGAUAAGCGCUUACACAGCAAUUCAUGUCAGCCAUAAUGAGUACAGCUCCUAGUGAUGAUGACCAACAUAACAUGGUCCUGUGUGGCUCAGUUGGUAGAGCCUGGUGCUUGCAACGCCAGGGUUGUGGGUUCGAUUCCCACGGGGGACCAGUAUGAAAAAGUAUACCCUCACUAUUUACUGUAAGUCGCUCUGGAUAAGAGCGUAGACCUGCUAAAUGACUAAAAUGUAAAUAACGAUGCUAAUCAACUGUCCGAGAGAUGGUCUGAUUUUAAAUUAAAGUUCCUAGGUGACUUGAUCUACUGUAUGUGCUCAUCUGAAGAUCUUAUCUAAACAUUUACCUGAUAUAUUACUUUUUAAACUGAGAUUGGGAUUAUGAUUGUUCUGUGUACCUUCUGCUGCAAUAUUUGAACUGAGCUGCAUAUUUCCCAAAGAAAACAAUCCUGGUAAUAUGCAAAGAUCUGUAUUAGCCUAAUCUUUUGGUCUUUGUUUAUUUCCUCUGUCAAGAUCUGUGUCCUCCUCUUCACCUGCCUCUACAUACUGUCCUACCUCAUCCUCACUCACUUCAAGAAGAGUGCAGACUAUAUCACCACCGGUGAGUAUGGAUGUCUGAUUGGCUGGCUCAAAUGACUUGAGGGAUUAUGUUAAACACAUCCAUCCAUCAAACUAAAAUGGAACAGUCCAUUAGAGGAAAAUGGAAGCUAUUGAAAAACCUCUAGAUUACUUUUGCUUUUUGGAAUGUUCAUGUAGUGUUAUUUUUUUGAAACCCCACACCUUCCCUUGUGUGCACAGCAGAAAUUGGACCUAUUGUUCAGACCUCUUAGACUGCGUUUACACAAGCAGCCCAAUUCUGAUUUAUAGAAUUGGUCUUCAGACCAGCUCUGAAAAAUAUCUGAUGUAAUUGGUCAAAAGACAAAUUAGUCUAAAAAAUAUCAGAAUUGGGCGCCUGUGUAAACACUGCCUUAGAAGUAGAUAUUGUAAAAGCAGUUCAUUGGAUUUUGAGUUAGGCUAUUGUAAGUGUUGGGCUGCUAGUAUACUAUACAUUGUUUUGCUCUAGGAUGUCCACAAGCCUCAAGACAUUUUACAUUUUACGUCAUUUAGCAGACGCUCUUAUCCAGAGCGACUUACAGUUUUUUAGUGAGUGCAUACAUUUUCAUACUGGCCCCCCGUGGGAAUCGAACCCACAACCCUGGCGUUGCAAAUGCCACGCUCUACCAACUGAGCUACUGGGGAGUCAUCUGAAGGCAGCCCGGUACCAGUUAAAAUAUGAAUGGAAUUAUAUAUGGAAGUAGUUUAUUCCCCCCAGAAAAAGGGUUAAAUAUGUGUAAAAUGUAUUUUAUAAAUAGUUUCCUGAUCUUUCUUAUCUCUCAGAUAUAGGACAGACACUUCAAAACAAACUUCCUUUAUAAUUUUGGGGGACUAUCUGUUAUUCAAUGCGUUUCUAUGGGCUAAUGGCAGUAAGGCCAAAUCAAUGUUUCAUAAAAUAAUUUUUUGGCAAAACGAAUUGCCUCCCUAUAUUACAUUUUUAGUCAUUUAGCAGACGCUCUUAUCCAGAGCGACUUACAGUUAGUGAAUAAUUGUUUUAAUUUUUUUAUUUUAUUUUUUAUACUGGCCCCCCGUGGGAAUCGAACCCACAACCCUGGCGUUGCAAACGCCAUGCUCUAUCAACUGAGCUACAUCCCUGCCGGCCAUUCCCUCCCCUACCCUGGACGACGCUGGGCCAAUUGUGCGCCGCCCAUGAGUCUCCCGGUCGCGGCCGGCUGCGACAGAGCCUGGAUUCGAACCAGGAUCUCUAGUGGCACAGUUAGUGCUGCGAUGCAGUGCCUUAGACCACUGCGCCACUCAGGAGAUAUUAAGAAGAAGAUGGAGAACAAGCAAUGAACGAAAAAUACUGAAGUUUUGGUGCAGGUACAUCCAACUACCACAAAAAUAAUAUUGUGAUAUUGUGAAAACGAUACGAUAUAUUGUCAAAAGUGACACAGCGGUCUAAGGCACUGCAGUGCUUGAGGCGUCACUACAGAUCUGGGUUCGAUCCCGGGCUUUGUUGCAGCCGGCCACGACUGGGAUGCGACGUACAAUUGGCCCAGAGUCGUCCGGGUUAGAGGAGGGUUUGGCCGGCCGGGAUGUCCUUGUCCCAUCGCGCUCUAGCGACUCCUGUGGCGGGCCGGGUGCAUGCACGCUGACACGGUCGCCAGUUGUAUGGUGUUUCCUCUGACACCUUGGUGCGGCUGACUUCCGGGUUAAGUGAGCAGUGUGUCAAGAAGCAGUGCGGCUUGGCAGGGUUGUGUUUCGGAGGACGAAUGGCUCUCGACCUUCACCUCUCCCGAGUACGUACGGGAGUUGCAGUGAUGGGAAAAGACUGUAACUACCAAUUGGAUAUCACGAAAUUGGUGAUAAAAGGGGGUAAAGAAAUAAAAUAAAACAAUUCUCAACAUGUGACUGUAUAGAUUCCCCCCCCCCCCCCACUACUACGUUAAUGUUUGUUUUGCACAUUUACCUACCAACCUGUACAUGUGGAGGUGUAGCAGCUAUCUAUCCAAGCCUACAGCUGUGGAACUUGGCCAGAAAACAGAACACACAGGGUCCUAUACUGCUGCAGGAGGUUGUUAUGGAAACACCUCAGGCUUGUGUGUCGUCAGCUGGGUGAGGGGUGGGAGCAAUGUUCCUUUUAAGAUAAACACGUACCCUGUCCUUUCCAAGUAUGACCAUUUUAUAAUUGAAUGUACAGUAUGUGCUCUCAAGUGAACACAAAAAGUGUGGAUGUGCAAAUGCAAUUGGUUAUGUGGGCCCCCGAGUGGCGCAGCGGUCUAAGGCACUGCAUCUCAGUGCUUGAGGCGUCACUACAGACCCGCUGGUUUGAUUCCAGGCUGUAUCACAACCGGCCGUGAUUGGGAGUCCCAUAGGGCGGCGCACAAUUGGCCCAGCGUCGUCCGUCAUUGUAAAUAAGAAUUUGUUCUUAACGAACUUGCCUAGUUAAAUAAAGGUAAAAUAAAAAAAAGUGUUUUAUGUAAUCACUCCAAUAAGGUGUGGUUAUAGAAAACAGCUGUAGCAGCUCAGCUCCAACGUAACAAGCCUGGCCUGGAUCUGGAUCCUUCUGGCAGAGGGUUGGUUGUUUGGAGGCGGACCAGCCCACUCAACCCAGCCAGUGUGUUAUUGGGGUUUUGGAAAGGCAGUCGGCUAAACCUGCUCUGCAUUAGCAAUACAGUGUUUUUGAAUACAAUGAAUGUCCUCGGCCUGCAGUCAACACCACCAGCAGAACAUUUGUGCCUCGCAGCUUAAUUGAAUAGCGGGGUGUUGAAGAUGGGGUCUGUGAAUCGAUUGGGAUGCUACUAACUGGUUUCUCUUACUCUCAGACCGUGUUCUUCCAAACUCUUCUCUUCCUCUUCUUGACCCAUACAGGCAUACCAGAGAUGCUUGUUCUUUGGACCUCUUGAACAUGGUGUAUUCUGCAUAUCUCCGUUGCUGAGGCCAACUCCUUAUUUCCACUCCGUCCGUUUCGAUCGGUGCUAUCGUAGUGUCUUACCGAUAUCGCUCUGUUUUUAGAAUAUCCCUCGUCCAAAAACUCUACCUCUCUUUACCUCUUCUUCUCCUCUCCUCUUCCUCUCCUCUACCUCCAGGCUCCAUCAACAUUCCUACCAUUUCACUUCUCUUAUCCGUCUGGGUAUUUGGUUUGGAGGCUUCUGUUUUCAAGGUUUCCUUCAGUUGCCAAGAUGCUCACAUUCCUUUAGUCAAUACUAGGUUGACUUACUGGCAUUUUGGUAUAACUGUGAAUCACUCACUUGUAUAUGUUUUUGCCAUUUUUCAGAUGACAUUGAAGAUGCGACCGUCAACAAAAUUGCGUAAGUAAAGAGCGCGCAAAUGAACAAACUGACCUAGUAGCAGUCUGCCACACGUUGACUCAGUCACUCUCACUCACUGGGAUCAAAGUGUCAGUGUGAGCAGAGCGUUUGAGCUAGUAUCUGAGUCAAUGUGACCAAAUGAGAUGACACGACCACUUGGCUGUAGUGUAGUUUUAUCAGUCUGUAAUAUCCUUCCUACCCUUUGUCAUACCAGUUGGCAUUAUGCUGUCCACUUCCCCUACCACGGAUCAACUACAGGAUCCAAACACACACGCACAUACCAAAAUACUUUAAUUGUCCAUUUCCAUGAAAAUUCCUUUAUACACAGUCACUCAAACUCUCUCUCCCCCUCCAGGCUGUGGCUGUGUACGUUCACCCUCUCCGUGGCAGUGUGUGCCGUGCUGCUUCUCCCCAUCUCCAUCCUGUCCAAUGAGGUGCUGCUCACCUUCCCUCACAGCUACUACAUGCAGUGGCUCAAUGGAUCACUCAUCCACGGUACUGUACCUUGUCUAUACCACAGCACUUAAUGUCUACACCAUAACAACACAUUCACUCAGUACUUCCAUAGCCUCAGAGACCCUUGCAUAGUUGCCUUUGGUUUUAUGGCUAAGGAAAAGGUGAGUCAUGUUAUCCUUUCACAGUAAUAAAACGUGAGCUCCACCAACCUGAAGUCAAACGGAAGUGGGCCCAACACGUUAGCUCUGGGUGUCAAUAACAAGGAGCACUGUUAACUCUAGUUUCUCUACCUCACUGAACCCUGUAGCUUAUUGCCAUAGAUCUCUACGGAUGUUAGAGUGGACUGGACUGUAUGCCUCCCAAAAGUUUGAUCCUAGACAGCUAGGCUGCGCCUCACUGUGGCUGAAUGUGGUAGUGUUAACAGUCAAACGUAGUGCACCUUUGGACCUGUUACUAAUAUGUGGUAAUAGAUUGUUAUAUCUAUUUGAUAGUGUUUCAUAACAUUCUAAUCAGAUGUCAUGUUAUGACCAGGUCUCUUGUCUUUCUUUUCAUCAGGCUUAUGGAACCUAGUGUUCCUGUUGUCCAACCUGUCCCUGAUCUUCCUCAUGCCCUUCGCCUACUUCUUCACCGAGUCGGAGGGCUUUGUGGGCUGUAAGAAGGGGGUGAUGGCGCGGGUGUAUGAGACGGCGGUGGUGCUGCUGCUGCUCACUCUGCUGGUGCUUGGCAUGGUGUGGGUGUUUGCGGCCCUGCUUAACAACACGGCCAGGGAGAGCCUCUACGGUGAGUUGAUCUUUGAGUUUGCUAUUCAUAUAAGCCAUUUUGCAACUGUUCGCAAAGGCCCUCUUUGAAGAUGGGUAUUUUGAAGAAUUGCUGUCCUUUAUUUUUGAGAACCAUAUAUCAAAUCCUUUCUCUGGUGACCUUUUGUCUCCCAUCUCAGACAUGUGGGAGUGUUACCUUCCGUACCUCUACUCUGCCAUUUCUCUGUUUGGAGUGCUCCUGCUCCUACGUAAGUAGCUGUCUAACUUGUGAUCAGUUGGUCAUGGCCAGAUAUUCAUGUGUAUAUUUUUUAUAUUAUAUUUGAGUAAUUUUAGCAGACACUCUUAUCCAUAGCGACUUACAGGAGCGAUUAGGGUUAAGGGCCUUGCUCAAGGGCACAUCGACAGAUUUUUGUACCUAGUUGGCUCGGGGAUACGAACCAGCGACCAUUCGGUUACUAGCCUAACGCUCUUAACCACUAGACUACCUGCCGCCCCACCACUUCCUGUCUCCCUGCAGUGUGCACUCCCUUCGGGCUGUCCCGCAUGUUCAGUGUCACUGGGAGCCUACUGGUCAAACCACGGGUGAGUGACAAUCCACAUACUGUACCUCCAUAUACAGACAAUAACAAAACACUAUAACAUUGUUAUAACCUAACGCUAUAACAUUGACAAUAACAUAACACUAUAAUAACUUAAUGACAUCCAUCCCCUGUGUUUCUUCAGCUAUUGGAGAAUGUGGAGGUGGAGAUGAACUGUGCUGCGUUCGAGGAGGCUUCGCUGUCCAGGAAACUCAACAGUGAGUUGGCCACCGUGGUCUAGAGUACACACACAGGAUGCUCACACUAUACCAUGCUAUUACAUCCUAGAGGUGUUGUUGUUUGUGUUGACCUUGCUCUGUUCCUUGUAGGGGGUAGCACGUCAUGCAGGAUCACUGUAAACGUGGAGCCUUUGAGGAUGCAGUUCCUCCGAGUCCAGGCCAAACGCAUCGCCCUCGGUAAGACCAUCAAGAUGUGUGUGUGUGUAUAUAUAUAUAAUACUACUGUGUUUUAUUACAUUCUGUAGGUAUGGACUGACUUAGGGCUGCAGCAUACAGGGGUCACUCUGGGGAUACUAGGGUUGGAUAAUAUUCAUUGGAAGAUUAUUGUAAAAGUCCAACAUUGUUUGAUCUCAUUCAGGCAUUAGGAGAAAAAAAAUCCAGGAAUAGCUUAACUGCUCACCGGGAGACAGGCCGCAUUGUCUACAAUGGUCCUCAGCUCGCCUCAUCUCUCUCUCUCCCUCCCUCCCUCCCAGAGAUGCGUAGGAGAGCGUCACCAUGGCAGCGGAACCUGUUCUACCCUCUGGCCAUGCUCCUGCUCCUAGUUCUAACGGUGGUGUGUGUGUUGAUGGUGUGUUUCCACGUUCUGGAGCUCCUCUUGGACGAGACGGCCAUGCCCAGAGGAAUGGAGGUGAGGACUACUAAGGGCUAGCAGGGAUUAUUAGCUUUUAUAGCAUCAAUUCUAGAUCUCGUGCUGUAAGUCUUCUAGGAGGGCUGGGCGAUAUGACCUAGAAAUCAUAUCUCGAUUAAUGAUUUUUUUCAUACGUAUGGGUGAUUCCUUCAAAUGAGUGGAUUUGGCUAUUUCAGCCAGACCCGUUGCUGACCGUUGUACAGCCAUGUAAUCUUCAUAGACAAACAUAGGCAGUAGAAUGUCCUUACUGAAGAGCUCAGUGGCUUUCAACGUGGCACUGUCAUAGGAUGCCACCUUUCCAACAAGUCAGUUCGUCAAAUUUCUGCCCUGCUAGAGCUGCCCAGUCAACUGUAAGUGCUGAAGCGUGCAGCGCGUAAUAAUGUUCUGUCCUCGGUUGCAACACUCACUACCGAGUUCCAAACUGCCUCUGGAAGCAACGUCAGCACAAGAACUGUUAGUCGGGAGCUUCAUGAAAUGGGUUCCAUGGCCGAGCAGCUGCACACAAGCCUAAGAUCACCAUGCGCAAUGCCAAGCGUCGGCUGCACUGGUGUAAAACUCGCCACCAUUGGACUUUGGAGCAGUGGAAACGCGUUCUCUGGAGUGAUGAAUCAUUCUUCACCAUCUGGCAGUCCGACGGACGAAUCUGGGUAUGGCGGAUAACAGGAGAACGCUACCUGCCCGACUGCAUAGUGCCAACUGUAAAGUUUGGUGGAGGAGGAAUAAUGGUCUGUGGCUGUUUUUCAUGGUUCGGGCUAGGCCCCUUAUUUCCAGUGAAGGGAAAUCUUAACGCUACAGCAUGCGUUGCCAUUCUAGACGAUUAUGUGCUUCCAACUUUGUGGCAACAGAAAUGGUUUGUCGAGAUCAGUGUGGAAGAACUUGACUGGCCUGCGCAGAGCCCUGACAACCCCAUCGAACACCUUUGGGAUGAAAUGGAAUGCCGACUGCGUGCCAGGCCUGAUCGGCCAACAUCAGUGCCCGACCUCACUAAUGCUCUUGUGGCUGAAUGGAAGCAAGUCCCAGCAGCAAUGUUCCAACAUCUAGUGGAAAGCCUUCCUAGAAGAGUGGAGGCUGUUAUAGCAACAAAGGGGGGACCAACUCCAUAUUAAUGCCCAUGAUUUUGGAAUGAGAUGUUCGAUGAGCAGGUGUCCUAAUACUUUUGGUUAUGUAGUGUAUGUUGAAUUCUAACGAUGUACACUACCGUUCAAAAGUUUGGGGUCACUUAGAAAUUUCCUUGUUUUCAAAAGAAAAGCAAUUUUUUUGUCCAUUUAAAAUAACAUCAAAUUGAUCAGAAAACAGUGUAGACAUUGUUAAUGUUGUAAAUGGCUAUUGUAGCUGGAAACGGCAGAUAUUUUUUUUGAAUAUCUACAUAGGCGUACAUUUAUAGCAAACAUCAGUCCUGUGUUCCAAUGGCACAUUGUGUUUGCUAAUCCAAGUUGAUCAUUUUAAAAGGCUAAUUGAUCAUUAGAAAACCCUUUUGCAAUUAUGUUAGUACAGCUGAAAACUGCUGUGCUGAUUUAAAGAAGCAAUAAAACUGGCCUUCUUGAGACUAGUUGAGUAUCUGGAGCAUCAGAAAUUGUGGGUUCGAUUACAGAAUCAAAAUGGCCAGAAACAAAGAACUUUCUUCUGAAACUCGUCAGUCUAUUCUUGUUCUGAGAACGGAAGGCUAUUCCAUGCGAGAAAUUGCCAAGAAAAUGAAGAUCUCGUACAACGCUGUGUACUACUCCCUUCACAGAACAGCUUAAACUGGCUCUAACCAGAAUAGAAAGAGGAGUGGGAGGCCCUGGUGCACAACUGAGCAAGAGGACACAUGCAUUAGUGUCUAGUUUGAUAAACAGACGCCUCAUAGGUCCUCAACUGGCAUCUUCAUUAAAUAGUACCCGCAAAACACCAGUCUCAACGUCAACAGUGAAGAGGCGACUCCGGGAUGCUGACCUUCUAGGCAGAGUUGCAAAGAAGUCCAGUGUCUGUGUUCUUUUGCCCAUUUUAAUCUUUUAUUUUUAUUGGCCAGUCUGAGCUAUGGCUUUUUCUUUGCAACUCUGCCUAGAAGGUCAGCAUCCCGUAGUCGCCUCUUCACUGUUGACGUUGAGACUGGUGUUUUGCGGGUACUAUUUAAUUAAGCUGCCAGUUGAGGACCUGUGAGGCGUCUGUUUAUCAAACUAGACACUAAUGUAUUUGUCCUCUUGCUCAGUUGUGCACCAGGGCCUCCCACUCCUCUUUCUAUUCUGGUUAGAGCCAGUUUGCGCUGUUCUGUGAAGGGAGUAGUACACAGCGUUGUACGAGAUCUUCAGUUUCUUGGCAAUUUCUCGCAUGGAAUGGCCUUCAUUUCUCAGAACAAGAAUAGACUGACGGGUUUCAGAAGAAAGUUAUUUGUUUAUGGCCAUUUUGAGCCUGUAAUCGAACCCACAAUUGCUGAUGCUACAGAUACUCAACCAGUCUCAAGAAGGCCAGUUUUAUUGCUUCUUUAAUCAGCACAACAGUUUUCAGCUGUGCUAACAUAAUUGCAAAAGGGUUUUCUAAUGAUCAAUUAGCCUUUUAAAAUGAUAAACUUGGAUUUGCAAACACAACGUGCCAUUAGAACACAGGACUGAUGGUUGCUGAUAAUGGGCCUCUGUACGCCUAUGUAGAUAUUCCAUUAAAAAUCAGCCGUUUCCAGCUACAAUUGCCAUUUACAACAUUAACAAUGUCUACACUGUAUUUCUGAUCAAUUUGAUCUUAUUUUAAUGGACAAAAAAAUUGCUUUUCUUUCGAAAACAAGGACAUUUCUAAGUGACCCCAAACUUUUGAACAGUAGUGUAUAUUGCCUCUGUAAUGUUGCUUCUGAAUAGCCUGUUCUGUCCUAUAUGAAGUGACUGAGGACCAUAUAUGUUAUUGACUUUCAAGACUACACAAAUACAAGGGCACAAGAAACAUGCGGAGCAGGGAGGGUGGGAACAUUUUACAACCGAUUGGCAAUGACCGUGUGUUUCCUGUGCGUGGUAGGACCCUCGUCUGGGGACAGCUUCCUUCUCCAUGUUUGGUUCUCUGGGAGCAGCAGUGCAGGUGGUCCUCAUCCUCUAUCUGAUGGUGUCGUCUGUGGUGGGCUUCUACAGCUCUCCUCUCUUCACUUCCCUACUGCCCCGCACUCAGGACACCAACCUCACACAGAUCAUUGGGAACUGUGUAUCUCUCCUGGUCCUCAGCUCAGCACUGCCCGUCUUCUCCCGAACUCUGGGUAAGAGCUCUCCCUGUUCCCCUGGUUGAGUUUCUAUAUUCUUGUCUCAUAUGGUUGAACAAAAAGCGAUGCAUUGCUUACUGUUAUUAGACAGGGCUUCAGGUUGUAUUAUAAUUUCUGACCAGAAGAGGGCGUGUGAAUACAGUCAAUCACUAUGAACACUGUGUGACCUUGACCAUGUUCAAGUACUGCACUUCACAAAUACACCCUUGCCAGUCAGAGGAUCUGAACGUUAUCGAUCCAUUGGGGGGAAAUGAAGAUAUGAGGAGUAAAGCAGUUUAUAGACCGUCAAACCUAAUCACAUAUUCUAUCUGCUCUUCAGGAAUCACACGGUUUGACCUUCUGGGAGACUUUGGGAGGUAUAACUGGCUGGGGAACUUCCACAUAGUGUUCCUGUACAACAUUCUGUUCGCUGGCCUCACCUCUGCCUGCCUCAUCAACACUCUCACCUGGACUGUGCAGAGAGAACUCAUACGCGCCUUUGGUACUAUUUUAUUUUAUGUUACCUUUAUUUAACUAGGCAAGUCAGUUAAGAACAAAUUCUUAUUUACAAUGACGGCCUACCCCGGCCAAACCCGGACGAUGCUGGGCCAAUUGUGCGCCGCCCUAUGGGAACUUUGGUACUUGCAUCAGUCAAUCCAUCAAAUGUAUUGCUAAAGCCCCUUUAUACAUUAAACAGUGCUUGACAGUAAGAUAUGUCUAUGGACCUGUUACCUGCCUUUCUAUAUGUUGGUUUGUUUAUGUUUUUUUCAAAAUAAUAAGGCUUUUAUGUAACUUAACAUCUUUCAAUUUAAAGGGAUGUUCCACUCCAAAUACAACCUUACAUGAUUUGUCCAGUUACCUUGGCUGCAGGCGAAUCCCCUAAUCAGCUAUUGAAUAUGUAUAUUACUUACUUGGGUAUUUGAAUAGUCAUAUUGUGUUACUUUCAUUAUGCAGCAGAAGGGCUGUGCUAACUGCCAAUGGUCAGGGUGUUUUCAGAGUGACUCUACUGUGAACUAGCUAGCAAGGUGUUCUCUUCCCAGCUCUGGGCCUGGCCAUGUUUCCCAAUGGGCUGGUCUCCUUUCCUCAGAUAGAAAGGCCUAUACAAUUCUCUCAGGAAAGUGAGAGGGGAGUAGGAGUCCCCUAGGGGCCUGGCCGCUGGGCCCCCUGCCUCACACACACACACACUCCGGAGCCACACACACACACACACACACGCUUUGCCCCUCUGCCCAACAAAAACAACAGUUCGGAGUGUAGAGCCAUGGACACACGCACCCCACUUACUCACAACGUAGACAGCAUCUCUCCUCUCCUUUCCCGCUACCACCCCAACUGCUUUUGUUCUGUUCUGUGAUUGAUGGACUUAAUUUGCACCCAAACUUGCCUUUUUAAUGUUUCUCCCCCACACAUGCUAUCCCUAUCUUUCCUUCACUCACUGUCUUUCUCUCUUGCUCUUUCACUCCUGCUUUGUCUCACUCUGUCUGUGUGUGCGUGUGUUUCGGCGGUAAAUGUGCCAUGUCGUUAUAACUUUUUAACCGUAUGUGUUUUAUGUCUCUGCAGGUCUCCACAAACUGCCUCUGACCGUGUCCCGCACCACCAUCCCCCUCAAGCUCCUCCUGGCUAAUGGCCUGUCAAAGAUCCAGUGACUGACAUUCCCUUGACCAAUCAACCAUCAUCUCUAACACCCGACCGGGACCUAAGCCUCCUGAAGAGCAUUCCCAUUGGAACAAUGUCACCUUGUCUUCAGUCCUCCAGCCUAUCGGUGUCUGGAUCACCAGAAUGAAAAGACAGAAGUGGAGGAUUAGAAGUGCAGUUUGGCCAAUGGUGCAGUAAAGUGCUGCUCACUGACUAAUCACCAAUCGAUACAAGUUGACCUGGGGAACCAACUUAAACUGUGUCUCAGACUACAAUACUGGGGUUAUAUUGGAAUCAUUGUGCACAGUAAUCUGAGCCAAAAACGAUAUGUUCUGGAACUAAUGAAAGAUUCUGGAACUGAAAAAGGGAUCUAAUCUGUAUCAGGGUUCUUGUUGACAUUGUGACAUCAUACAGCACAUCCUGGAUGUCCUAAUGCCUUGUGAGAAACUCUGUGGGUUUGAGAGGUUGAGGUGGGACUGAUUUACUUUACUCUUUGGACACACGUGUAAAAGUCAGUAAAGCUAUUUUGGAACAUUACGUUGUGACUGACUGACAUUUCCUUUUCCUGCUCUGGGGUUGAGCAUUUGAGUUGUCUCUCGUUCGCUGCCGCCUUCCCCUCUCUGUCAUGUUAGACCACUGUUUUUGGGCCUCACUCAUCCUGUGAAUCCCACUUCCAUGUAUUUAAGAUGUCUUGUCUGUCUGUAAUGGUGUUGUGUUUGUUAAUGAGAGGAGGAUGUUUUAAAAUUAGGGUAGAGGGAUUACUCACUCUAUUCUACAUGCAUUGACCUUCAUAUAGGGGAGGAAGAGAAGGGGACAGGACAGGGUUGUGUUCAUUAGGUUACGUUUGAAAGCUUUUUGCAACAGAAAACAAAGUUAACGUUUCAGUCAGUUUUCUUCCAUGUGGUGCCUAAUGAACAUGACCCAUGACUUGUUUUUAAACUCAUCACUUGUAAUUAAUGAACGAUGUAUGAUAAGAUACCUGAACAUACAUAUUUUUUUUUAAAGGGGAGGUUGUGUCAUCUUUGAUAUUGUGUUAUUGGUCGUAUAAUGGCAUUUCUGUUUACUUAAAAUAACACUUUUUCAUGGGUUUCUACCCCCCUGAAGAGGAGCGUCCUAAAUGCAAAGUGACGCUUACUAGUUUUGGGUGUCCUGCCUUGGACCAAUCAUACUGUGAAUUGUUUAAACGUUUGUUAAUAUAAACUAAGUGCAAUACUGUUUACUGUCCACUGCCAAUUCCAGUAGUUUUUUUUUCUGUUCAUUUUGAUAUUAGAAUAAUGUAAAUUAUCUCUGUUGCUUUGUUUUUAUUUGUGUCAUGGUUCUCCUUUGCUGUAUCAGCAUGUUAAGUUGUAGUAGGAUUCUUAUUCUUAUUAUUAGCCGAUAGUCAGACAGUUCUGUUCCAUUCAUCGCCAGCAGGGGGCAGGGUCUCCCAAAUUCACCAAACUCACCUGGCAGCCUGCUGAACGUUUACCAUAAGUUCUGUUAUCACUGGUCAGUCAUUAAAGUUUACUCAUUUCAC